UCUCUGCAACUGAAAUUCCACAGCCUCCCAAAUUUUCUCUCCCAGAAAUAAUCAAACCAAUAAUUAAUCACAAACCCAACCAUUAAUUUCUGUAUUAUUACAGAAAGGAAGAAAAUUUGGGGGUAAUUUUGUGUGUAAUCAUGGUGGAAGGGGAAGAAGAAAAAUCAUCAACAGAAAACCCUAAAUUGAAAGAGUCCUCCUCAAUGUGUGAAGAAUGUAAAGAAAAUACAUGGAAAUACAAAUGCCCAGGUUGUUUAAUUCGUUCAUGUAGUCUACCAUGUGUAAAAUCACACAAACAAAGAACUUCAUGUACUGGUAAAAGACCUCGUGAUGAAAUCAUUCCAUUGUCACAGUUCGAUGAUAAUCUUGUCAUCUCUGAUUAUAGAUUCUUAGAAGAAGCUAAACGAGUAGCUGAAUCUGCAAAGAGAACGAGAAAAGCUGUAUUUGGUGAUUCUUUGGGGGAGGUUAAUAAGUUGCCAUUUAAGCUCAAGGAGCUUAGAGAAAAAGCCUGGAAAAGAAACACAAAACUUGCAUUUCUUCCCAAUGGAAUGUCUAAGAGAGAAAAAAACAAAUCGGAAUACGAUCAAAGGAAGGCAUCCAUUUUAUGGACGAUUGAAUGGCGAUUUCAUUCAACUGAUGUGGUUAUAGUUGACAGCGGAGUAGAUGAAAAAACUAAACUCUGUUCAGUAAUUGAGGAGCAUCUGAAGCCUGGUCCUCGGAAUAAUAAGCUGAAGCCAUUCUCUGAGGAGCCAUUAGAUCGUCUCAAAUUCUUCAUUCGCAAAAAUGCAAAGCAUAACAAGUCUCCAUAUCGUGAAUUGGACAUAAAAUCUUCAAUAUCGCGACAGUUGGCCAAUACAUUCGUUGUGGAGUAUCCUGUAAUUUACGUAUAUCUUCCUUCUGCCAGCGACGAUUUGUGGGUCAUUAAAGAUGCAGCUCCUCCCGCUUACAAGUCGAAUGAAACUAAUUCGCCAAUCCGUAAACGUGUUACCUUUAAGGUAGAAGAACCAAAGGAAGAAGAGGACCCACAGAUACUAGAUCCUAUGAAGUGUAUAAAUGCAGAAUCGAUGUUGAGAGGGGAAACAGAAGAUACCGACGAAUUCUUCUUUUCUAAUAUUGGGGAUUUGGAACUCCCAGAAAAUUCCGGUUUUAAUUUCGAACAAGACCUUAGAGAUGCUUAUUCAGGGCUUAUUGGAGAAAUAAAUCCCGAUGACUUUCUUGAUCUUGAUGGUGAGUUUCUGCAAAGUUUUAGCAACGAAGAACUGGAAGAAGGUGAGAUCCCCGAGUGAUGCAAGUACAGGUCUCAAGAGGGGUGUAUCUGUCAGAAAUCGUUUGUUCUUUUAUUUUGUACCAUACAUGCAUAAUCUAAGUUGAGUGUGCAUCUCCUCUAAGUGAUGGUGAACAAAUUCGAAUUCUCAGGCAUAUAUUAUCUCAUAUCUUUGGUUUUAUGGGAUGAAUUUAAGUUUUGUACAUUACUUUUUUUUUUU